UGCAUUCGAGUCCCAGAGAAAUUGAGGUAGCCCUCGUCCAUUUCAGACUCAACGUUGGCGAGACUGAGAGAGUUGUCGCAGGGCACAAGAACGCAUCUUCAUCUUUGCGGACAUUGGUUGCAUCUCCAAGAUCCCGAGCGAUCAGAGGCAACGUCUCGGCUUCCACGAGGGUACCGGGGCCAAAUGCCUCGAGUCACCACCACAUCGUGUCCUGUGUUGUACGUGACUCAUUGUGUACAAGCCUCGCCCUCGGGAUCCUGUCAGGGGGCCAAGAUCAGUCGAUACGAUAUAUCGUCCCUUCAAAGCUCUGGCUCUCGCCUCCGGACUGUUUCUUUCGACCUCAAGCGUGUGAUAAAGACUUGGCGCGGUCUGAUUCUUCACGGUGGAAAAUAUUGGACUCUGUGUCUCCCCUCACGUCUCGACGUCUACACUUAACAGCUCCUUGCUCAGGGGCUCUUUACUGGUGCCUUUGUCGCCCCCGACACUCACUUACUUACUCAUGCCAGGCCGUGGACGUGGACGUGGCCGGGGCGGGUUCCGCCACGACUCGCUGCCUCGUUCGGUGCUGGUCUCCAAAGCGCUCUCCCGCCUCCUGCGCCAUGCGGCCGUGGAGGAACGCAUCCCCAUCGACAACCACGGAUACGUGCGGAUGGAUCACCUGCUGGGAUGGCACAAAUUACGGAACAUGAAGCCGCCCGUGACGUUUGCGGAGGUAGUCGAGGUUGUCAGGGAGAACGACAAGAAGAGGUUCGCGAUGAAGUACGUCGGCGCCGGCGCCGGCGAGGAAGGUGAGACGGCUGCCGAUGCUGGGGCCAAGGUCGAGGAGACGGAGACGCCGACCAUCGAGACAGACACGAACGAGACGCGGGCGGAAACAGAGACACAGCGCGCAAUUUCAACAUUUGAGUCGCUAGGCAACGACGAGGACGAGGCUGAGGCCGAGGCCGACACGAGAAGAAGGUUCUUCAUCCGCGCCACGCAGGGCCACAGCAUGAAGGCCGUCGAGGCCGAGCACCUGCUGACCCCGAUCUCGCUGGGUGACCCGGCCGGCGUCCCGGACACGGUCGUGCACGGCACGUUCUACGGCGCGUGGGACAAGAUCCUGCGCAGCGGCGGGCUGAAGAGCAUGACGAGGAACCACGUCCAUUUCGCGACGGGCCCCUCGUUGGCAGAGGUCCUGCCACCCGCAUCAUCGACCGCGGGCGGUGGCGACGGCGGCGACGACAACGGCAAACCCAGAACCCUGGGCGCGUUGCUGGGCAGGAACAAGGUCAUCAGCGGGAUGCGGGGCGACGCCCAGAUCCUCAUCUACGUGGACAUCCGCAGGGCGCUGGCCGAGGCCCCGGCCAUGAAAUGGUGGCGGAGCGAGAACGGCGUCAUCCUCUCCGACGGCCUGGUUGCUGGCGCCGGCGCCGGCGCCAGCGCCGAUGCCGAUGCCGCGCAGUCCUCCGACGCAGCAGCCGACACGACCAAGGCCGAGAAACUCGUGCCGGUCGAGUUCUUCGCCGCGGCCGUCGAAGUCAAGCAAGGCCUCGGCCUGCUCUGGGAGGCCGGCAAGGGCGCCGUCCGCGACCUGCCCGAACAGCUGCGCACGAGGGGCGUGCCGAGAGGGAAAGGAGGAGGCGGGCUGCCCCGUGGGAGAGGGAAAAGCAGAGAUAUCUCUAGCUAGCUAGAGACGGAAGGAUGGGCGGCCAGCAGAAGUGGGAUGAUGAUGAUGAUGAUGGGGACAUAAUAAAUAACGCUGUCUUUCACUCUUAUCGAUCUGGGACGCUUUCGACCUUUGGAUACCUACCUACCUCUCUGUGUACGUAGAAAGGACAAUCCCAGGGUCCCACACCCAAAAAGGAUUGUUCAUCGAAAACCGGGAGCGUGAUAUCCCUCCACCCUCG